AUUCCCCGGCAUGAAUGGUCCACCAACCUCAAGAUGCUGUCUAUCGCUCUGAUGCUGUCCCUGGAGGACAUUCCGUCCCUCGAGACCCUCCGCAAGCUCAAACGAGUCUUCCUCACCGGCGACACAGCACUUCUCCGCGUCCCCACUCUGUCCUCAAGCGUCCACCUCGGCACGUUUGUCAUUGUGGACGCAACUGCCUGUUGCAAUGGCUACAUCGGCCCCUGCAACACCUCGCACUACCUCUGCCCGUCCCCCUCCUCAUGUCUUGACACAAGCGACCCCCAUAACCAGCCAGGCAAUUCCGUUACGCAGCAACUGCUGGACACUGUGGGAGUUGCAACGUGUCGACUGCCAGGAGCCCCCAGCGACUUCCUGGUGACCCCCACUCGGCAACAGGUUGAAGAGUGCGACGGGGUCAUGUACAAACAAUGCAAAGCUGGCAUGUGCUACAGCUCGAGGAUGCAAGUGGUCGCGUGUCAGAGUGUAAAGUUGCACGAAGCUGUGAGGAGGAGGGAGAUUCGGUUGGGCAUUGGGCAGCCGUGUGAUGCUGAAGUGGAAAAGUGGCUUGGGUGUUGGCAGACGGAGGCAACAAGUGACUGA